GUCUGUACAACAGCACGUAGGCGCCACAAACACUGAGAGGGAGGGCGGAACCAGCUGGGAACAGCCAAACAGAAAACAGCAGUAGAGCAAAUGAAUCUCAGCCGCUUGAUUCGGAUCUCAGAACGGCGCCGGAAUUCCCACCAUGAAUGGAAACCUCGCGAUAUCUCCAUUGUCCACGAAGGCUCUGUGACAUCACAAACACAAACAUCGGUGGAUGUGAUCGGUUCCGGUCCAGCUUAGAGUCCGCCAGACAUCCACAGACACCAGAACCAGCGACUGUCCGAACCCCGGAACCCGGAGCUGCUGCUGCUGCCGCCGCGUAAGGAUGUCUGGCGGGAGCCGGAGCACGGAGCCAUGGGGAGGGUUCGACGACCAGCUCAUCCAGGAACAACUGGAGGUCCUGGAACUCAAACGGACCAGAGCUGGUCCGGUAUCAGAACCUGCUGUGAUGCGUCCUCAGGGCGUCGGCGCGGCGGUCAUCGACAUGGAGAACAUGGACGACACGUCGGGCUCCAGCUUCGAGGACGUGGGCGAGCUGCACCAGAGGAUGAGGGAGGAACAGGAAGUGGCCGAGGAGGCGGCGGCCGCCGAUGCCGACCGCGCUGAUGACUUCCUUGGUGUGAAGGGGCUAAAAGGUCAGCUGGGUCGGCAGGUGGCGGACGAGGUGUGGCAGGCGGGGAAGCGGCAGGCAUCCAGAGCCUUCAACCUCUACGCCAACAUCGACAUCCUCAGGCCAUACUUUGACGUGGAGCCCGCCCAGGUGCGCUGCAGGCUGCUGGAGUCCAUGAUACCUGUUCGCAUGAUCACCUUCCCCCAGAAGGUGGCGGGGGAGCUGUACGGCCCGCUGAUGCUGGUCUUCACCCUGGUGGCCAUCUUGCUGCACGGCAUGAAGACUUCUGGGACCGUCAUUGUGGAGGGCACCCUGAUGGGGACGGCCAUCGGGACGUGUUUCGGCUACUGGCUUGGCGUUUCCUGCUUUGUCUUCUUCUUGGCCUACCUGGUCAACGCUCAGAUCACCUUGCUGCAGAUGCUCUCCCUGCUGGGUUACGGCCUGUUCGGGCACUGCGUGGUCCUCCUGGUCACCUACAAUAUCCACUUCCACUUCCUGUUCUACGGCCUGUGGCUUCUGCUGGGAGGACUGUCCACGCUGCGCAUGGUGGUGGUGCUGCUCUCCCGGACGGUGGGUCAGACGCCACGGCUGCUGCUCUGCGGUUCCCUGGCGCUGCUGCACAUGAGCUUCCUGCUGUACCUGCACUUCAGCUACCACCGCAUCCUGGAAGGUUUGCUGGACUCUCUGGAAGGACCCGACCCGGCUGCCAUGGAGCGGGUGGCCCGAGACGUUCAUGAGGUGACCCUGAACGCCACCGCCAGGAGCCUGGGGAGGGCCCAGUGAGGGACCGGUGAGGGCCCCGACUGAGCCCAGGGAGGGACCGGUGAGGGCCGCUCUGCCCAGACCUUCUGGACCCAGUCCCGUUCAGUAGAACUUUGUCUCUGGUUCUGGUUUUCUGCUUCCUCUGGGUUUCUCUCUCCUUCUGCUCUCCAUUGUCUUCAGCAUCUUUAUUGUUGUUGUUUAUUACAGAUGGUCAGAUGUUUGUGUCUCGGACCUUCACAGGAAAAUGAAACAUGUCGGUGUGUUCAACAUGUUAAUAAAGAUCUGAUUCCCAUCUACUGGUUCUG